AUGGCUGCAGCGAGUGAUAAAUUAUGGGACAAUGGUCGAGUUUGCGGCAAAAUGUUCACCGUGAAAUGCACCGGACCUCGUAACGCCGUGCCUCAUCCCUGCACCGGAAAAUCUGUGAGGGUCAAAAUCGUUGACCAUUGCCCCAGUGGCUGUCCUUCUACGCUCGAUCUCUCCCGUGAAGCUUUUGCUCAGAUCGCUAAUCCUAUCGCUGGGAUUAUUAAUAUUGAUUAUAUUCCGUAA